AUGAUAGAUGAUGGUGAACCGUUCAAGAGGAUAGCUGAUGGAAUAAUACUCCAUCCUUUUCACAGCCACAAUUUGCGACUUGAGAUCAGCAGAGCCUAUGAUGAAAAAAAGUAUUGUCAAGGGUGUGCUCUUCCAUUCUACGAAGGUCAAUCCUAUUCAUGCAUGGAAAUGGAAUGCGGAUUCAUCCUCCAUGAAUCUUGUGCAAGUGCUCCACGCAUGAAACGGCAUCCCUUGCAUCCACAUCCACUUACACUAAAAGUUGCCAUCAAGGGACGUGAUAAUGCUGAAGGUAUAUUCAGUUGUUCUGUUUGCUUUCGCCAGGGUAAUGGCUUCUUCUAUGAGCAUGAUACAGAAGAAAGAAACUUCCAGCUAGACUUACGGUGCGCCUCCAUCAACGAACCAUUUGACUAUCAAGCUCACAAACACCCGUUAUUCUUAGCUUCAAACCCAGAUAAGAUAAAAAAAUGUUUAAUGUGCAAAAAUGGAAGAAUCACCUUCCUAUUGGAAUGCAUGGAAUGCGAUUAUGUUAUAUGCUUCCGUUGCUCUACCUUCCCAUGCAAGGUACGGUAUAAGCAUGACGGUCAUUUUCUUACGAUCUGCGAUGGGGAAGAGGUAAGAGAUCAACCAGACUGGUGUGAAGCUUGCGAAGUUCAAAUAGUCGAAUAUGGGUUUCCAGGGCUUAAAAGAGAAAACUUUAAAUUUUUUUACAAAUGCAAUGAAUACUGCUGCACGGCUCUUCAUGUUGAAUGUUUAUUUGGGAACGACAUUUACAUGAAGCCUGGGAACACUAUAAAAGACUGCAUUGCACAGUGCACAUACUUUUCUGACUUUGACGGAGACAAAUGGGUAGAGUAUCAGAUUCUUCUCAACAAUUCUGUUUCCCGACCAUUUUGUAGUGAAUGCAUGGGCCGCUGUCCAUUCCCAAUAUUUUUCAAAGGGUACAACACAAUAUACUGCUCUUGGGUAUGUGUCCCCAUAGACCAUGACUGA